AUGGAGAAAGGUGGGAACAUACAACUGGAGAUCCCUGACUUCAGCAACUCUGUCCUGAGCCAUCUAAACCAGCUGCGCAUGCAGGGACGCCUCUGUGAUAUUGUGGUCAACGUGCAAGGACAAGCUUUUCGGGCUCACAAAGUGGUCCUGGCUGCCAGCUCACCCUAUUUCCGGGAUCACAUGUCCUUGAAUGAGAUGAGUACUGUCUCCAUUUCAGUCAUCAAAAACCCCACUGUUUUUGAACAGCUCCUCUCUUUCUGUUACACGGGGCGGAUAUGCCUGCAACUGGCAGAUAUCAUCAGCUACCUGACGGCUGCCAGUUUUCUGCAGAUGCAGCAUAUUAUCGACAAAUGUACACAGAUCCUGGAGGGUAUUCAUUUCAAAAUUAACGUGGCGGAAGUUGAAGCCGAGUUAAGUCAAACGAGGACAAAGCAUCCAGAAAGACCUCCAGAAUCGCACAGGGUCACACCAAAUCUAAACCGUUCCCUUAGCCCUCGGCAUAACACCGCAAAGGGAAACCGGCGAGGUCAGGUGAGCGCUGUGUUGGAUAUCAGGGAGCUCAGUCCUCCCGAGGAGUCCACCAGCCCCCAGAUAAUUGAACAGAGCUCUGAUGUCGAGAGCCGGGAACCCAUUCUUCGAAUCAACCGAGCAGGACAGUGGUACGUGGAGACAGGAGUAGCAGACCGAGGGGCCCGCAGUGAUGAUGAAGUCAGGGUCCUUGGAGCCGUACACAUCAAAACCGAGAAUCUGGAGGAGUGGCUCGGGCCUGAGAAUCAGCCUUCCGGAGAAGAUGGGAGUAGCGCAGAGGAAGUCACAGCCAUGGUGAUUGACACCACAGGCCACGGUUCUGUGGGACAGGAAAAUUACCCUUUAGGAUCUUCGGGAGCCAAGGUGGCUCGGCCAACAAGCAGUGAAAUUGACAGAUUUAGCCCCUCCGGCAGUGUUGUUCCCUUGACCGAGAGACACAGAGCCAGAAGUGAGUCUCCUGGGAGAACGGAUGAGCCUAAGCAGCCCAGCUCCCAGGUAGAGGAGUCCGCAAUGAUGGGAGUAAGUGGCUAUGUGGAGUAUCUCCGGGAGCAAGAAGUAUCUGAGCGGUGGUUCCGGUACAACCCCCGUCUCACCUGCAUCUACUGCGCCAAAUCUUUCAACCAGAAGGGGAGCCUGGACCGCCACAUGCGCCUGCACAUGGGUAUCACGCCAUUUGUCUGCCGCAUGUGUGGCAAGAAGUAUACCCGGAAAGAUCAGCUAGAGUAUCACAUCCGCAAGCACACAGGUAACAAACCCUUCCACUGUCACGUUUGUGGCAAAAGCUUCCCCUUCCAGGCCAUCUUGAAUCAGCACUUUCGCAAAAACCACCCUGGCUGUAUACCCCUGGAGGGGCCUCAUAGCAUCUCCCCUGAAACAACUGUCACAUCUCGAGGACAAGCCGAGGAAGAGUCACCUUCUCAAGAAGAGACAGUUGCUCCUGGGGAAACUGCCCAGGGCUCUGUGUCCACCACUGGGCCAGAUUGAAACUUUGAGGGGGAGGGGGCAGACCCUCUUCCCCUUUGGGCCGUCAGCAGCCAGCAUCAGGGCCCUGGGCUGGUACUUAGAUUUACAAAAUGCCACAUCACCAGAUCGGAAGAUGCGCCCAAGAUGUUGCCAAACUAGAGGAUGAGCAACAUACACAGAAGCACUAGAGGCUCUUCCCCUCCUCCUUCCCACCUCAUCCUUUGGAAAAUAAUCAAGCAAAUCAACUUUCUAAUUCAGGGAUCAACAGCCUUGGUUUGUUAACUUUAUAAGAAAAAAUUUUUUAACAAAACAAUGAUACAUGGUCAUUUAUCUACCAGUCAUGUUUGAACACUGUACUUGGGUCCAUAUCAUCCUGGUGGCUAUAAUUGCCCAGAUCUGAAAAAACAGCAGGAGCCUUGGUCAUCUGAACCAGCCAGCCACAGGAGA